AUGGUCCUUCUUUCCUUCCCUCCAGCUGAGACAGACAAAUUCCCAUUCGGCAUAGCAUAUCAUAGAGAGGUCAAAAAGACGUGGAAAUUAAGAGGACGGAGCGAGAGGAACAGGCGCAAACAGCCAAGAUACGAAAGCCUCAAACAACUUGCUAAAGGCAUGGUAUGGUAUGGUUUGGUAUGGUAUCUGAGCCAUUCCCUCGUUCCUCCUUCAAUAGCACUUCCACAACAACACUGCGAGAAGAAGAAUAUAAGCGUGUGUGCACGACCAACUAACAAAAGAGACUCGUACCGCCUUGGCGCAAAUUCCUCAAAAACCGAUCAAUCAACCAAUGAAAAGCGAGAGAGGGAAAGAGGGCUACCCAAUAUGACACGACAGAAAAGAGUGGGGCCAACGACGGAAGAACGCGAAAUGCACCGCACCAGGGGCUUGAUUUGGUGUCUGCUGAUACCCGCUAACACGACCGGGCAAUGCAAUCUCUCAACCAAAACAAAAGCGAUUGCUAAAGACCAUAAACCACCAAAAAAAAUGAACGCCGGCCAGGAUAUAUGA